AUGGGCAUUCGAGAGGUCGAGUUCGUGAAUCCCGAGUCAAUCUCCGAGACCUUGAAGUGCCCGGUAUGCUUCGAAGUCUUCGAGGAUCCAGUCUUCUGUGGCGGCCGGCCGUGCCAGCACGUCUUCUGCCGCACCUGCGUAGAACAGUCCAUGGUCGCCGAGUCGUCGCACUCUCAAUCUGCGUGCGAGGAGACGACGGGGCGGACUGGGCACUGCCCCACCUGCCGUGCGAGGAUAGGUGUGGAGGACCUGCAGCCGCACCAGGCGCUGAACAGCCUUUUGGAUGAGCUUCCUGUGCGGUGCCGGCGUGGCUGUGGCUGGACAGGCCGGCGGGACGCUUUGCCCUCCCACGAGUCCCCUGGACCCAACCAGUGCGUCCUCCUGCGACUGGAUGCGGCUCAGGCAGAGGUCGCCUACCUCAGCGAGGCCGGCGGCCACCUGCGGGAUCGCGACGUGCGCAUCGCCCAGUUGGAGGCCCGUGUGGCCGAGCAGGAUCGCCAGGUCGUCGACUACGGACGACAACUUGUGGCCAAGGAGAUACGCAUUCAGGAGUUGGAGGGGCUGCUCUCCCAACGUGAGCAAGAUCUCACUCAGAAAGACCUCGAGAUCGCCAUUCUGCGGCAAGGCGGCGAUGGCGAGAAGGGGGCCGUGGCAGCGCCAGAGCUCUGGCUUUGA